AUGGCGGCAGAAGCAGCUGCUGGGAAAUACAGGAGCACUGUCAGCAAAAGCAAAGACCCCUCGGGGCUGCUCAUCUCUGUGAUCAGGACUCUGUCGACCAGUGACAAUGUUGAGGACCGGGAAAACGAGAAGGGUCGCCUCGAAGAAGCCUACGAGAGAUGUGACCGCGACCUGGACGAGCUGAUUGUGCAGCACUACACCGAGCUGACGACGGCCAUCCGCACGUACCAGAGCAUCACGGAGCGUAUCACCAGCUCCCGGAGCAAGGUCAAGCAGCCUGGGCCUCUGAUCGACGUCACCAACCUCCCGACGCCUCGGAAGUUCCUGGACGCCUCCCAGUACUCUGUCCCUGGCAGUUCCAGUGCGCGGGGGGAGGUGAGCCUGCAGGAGGUGAAGGAGGAAUUGGAGCUGGAUCCCGAGGAGAACAGCCCCCUCUUCAUGGGCAUCCUCAUCAAGGCGCUGGCCAAGCUGAGGAAGAUCCCGGAGACGGGGAAGGCCAUCAAGGAGCACUUGGAGCAGGAGCUGCAGCAGAUUGUGAAGCGGUCCACCACCCAGGUAGCCGACAGUGGCUACCAGCGGGGGGAGAACCCGACUGGCGAGAACCAGCCCAGGCUGCUUCUCGAGCUGCUGGAGUUACUGUUUGACAAGUUCAAUGCUGUGGCCGCGGCACACGCGGUGGUCCUGGGGUACCUGCAGCAGGCCGUCGGACCACCCCUGGCUCACCAGGAAGAAGUCAAACUGUACGACAUGGCAGACGUGUGGGUGAAGAUCCAGGAUGUCCUGCAGAUGCUGUUGACGGAGUACUUGGACAUGAAAAAUACUCGCACGGCCUCGGAACCGUCGGCUCAGCUGAGCUAUGCCAGCACUGGCCGCGAAUUUGCAGCAUUCUUUGCCAAGAAGAAACCUCAAAGGCCCAAAAAUUCCCUUUUCAAGUUUGAAUCGUCCUCCCACGCCAUCAGCAUGAGCGCCUAUUUGCGAGAGCAGAGGAGGGAGCUGUACAGUCGGAGUGGAGAGCUUCAAGGGGGUCCUGAUGACAACUUAAUUGAAGGCGGAGGAGCAAAAUUUGUCUGCAAACCGGGAGCCAGGAACAUUACCGUCAUAUUCCAUCCGUUACUAAGAUUCAUCCAGGAGGUUGAGCACGCCCUGGGGCUAGGCCCCGCCAAGCAGUGUCCUCUGCGAGAGUUCCUCACGGUCUACAUCAAGAACAUCUUCCUCAACCAGGUCUUGGCCGAGAUCAACAAGGAGAUUGAAGGAGUCACCAAGAGCUCCGACCCGCUGAAGACCCUUGCCAAUGCGGACACCAUGAAGAUGCUGGGGGUGCAGCGGCCCCUCCUCCAGAGCACAAUCAUUGUGGAGAAGACGGUGCAAGACCUCAUGAACCUGAUGCACGACCUGAGCGCAUAUUCAGACCAGUUCCUCAACAUGGUGUGCGUGAAGCUCCAGGAAUACAAGGACACCUGCACUCUGGCCUACAGGGCAGCCUUCGGCAAGGAGUCGGAAGUUCUUAUUGGGAACCUGGGCGAUAAGCUGAUCCCGCCACAAGAUAUUCUGCGUGACGUCAGUGACCUCAAGGCCCUGGCCAACAUGCACGAAAGCCUGGAGUGGCUGGCCGGCCGAACCAAGGCCGCUUUCUCCAACCUGUCUACAGCGCAGAUGCUGUCUCCUGCCCACGAGAGCCACGGGAACACGGAUCUCCCCCCGAUGUCGGAACAGAUCAUGCAGACUCUGAGCGAGCUCGCAAAGUCUUUCCAGGACAUGGCCGACCGCUGCCUGCUGGUCCUACAUCUGGAAGUCAGGGUUCACUGUUUCCACUACCUCAUCCCUCUCACAAAGGAGGGCAACUAUGCCAUUGUAGCCAACGUGGAGAGCAUGGACUACGACCCCCUGGUGGUGAAGCUCAACAAAGACAUCAGUGCCAUUGAAGAGGCCAUGAGCGCCAGCCUCCAGCAGCACAAGUUCCAGUACAUCUUUGAAGGGCUGGGACACCUGAUCUCCUGCAUCCUCAUCAAUGGGGCCCAGUACUUCCGGCGCAUCAGUGAGUCUGGCAUCAAGAAGAUGUGCAGGAACAUUUUCGUCCUUCAGCAGAACUUGACCAACAUCACCAUGUCCCGGGAGGCCGACCUGGACUUUGCAAGACAGUACUACGAGAUGCUGUACAACACGGCGGAUGAGCUCCUGAACCUGGUGGUGGACCAGGGCGUGAAGUACACAGAGCUGGAGUACAUCCACGCCCUGACCUUGCUGCAUCGCAGCCAGACGGGGGUCGGGGACCAGACCACGCAGAACAUGAGGCUGCAGCGACUCAAGGAGAUCAUCUGCGAGCAGGCGGCCAUCAAGCAAGCCACCAAGGACAAGAAGAUCACCACCGUGUAGUGGCCCCGCAGGG